AUGAUGAAAGCCUUGCAACUAGAACGACCAGAAGGCGUUUCGAAAGGGCAGCCCAAUGCCCUAGUAGUGCGAGACGUGCCGAUACCUACCGUUCGAGAAGGUAUGGUGCUGGUGAAGAUUUUGGCUGCUGGGUUGAACCGACGUGAUCAGUGGUCCAUGCUCGGUCUCUAUCCUGGUCUUAUUUAUGAAAACGCUACGCUUGGGUGCGAUGGAUGUGGCAUUAUCGUUGAUUCACAGUCGCUUUUGCCCCUCGACAAUCAACUAUAUCUCCUCGUUCCCUCCCGUGGCUGGGAGUCUGACGAAGCAGGACCUGAGGCUGCCUUGCCCUCUGCGCCAGCCCACCUUGCGACCAACGAAUUCGGUGGCAGAGGGUUUGGCAUCCUUGGCGCUACACGCCAGGUAUGUGGUGCUGGUACCUUUUGUGAAUAUAUUGCCGUUGACAAGUCACAACUUGUCCCUGCACCUGCACAUCUCACGGCUGUGGAAAGUGCUACGUUGCCUUGUGCAGCUGUGACAGCUUAUCGUGCUCUGUUUACCAAGGGACAAAUUCAGCCUCAUCACAAUGUUCUAAUUACUGGGAUUGGCGGUGGUGUAGCUUUGCAGGCUUUGCAAAUGGCUGUGGCUCAUGGCGCCAAUGUAUAUGUGACAGGGGGCAGCGACUCGAAAGUAGAACGCGCCUUGGCUAUGGGGGCCAAAGGAGGCGCUUUGUACAAAGACGAGUCAUGGACAGACACGAUCCGCCGCCAACUUCCUUCCGACCGUCCAUGGAUUGACGUGGUCAUUGAUUCUGCGGGUGGCGAUAUAACAGCCAAGGCGCUGCGUGCUGGCCUUCGUGACGGAGGUCGCGUCGUAGUGUUUGGUAUGACGGCAGAGCCCAAGAUUUCUUUUACUAUGCGUGAAGCGUUGAAGAAUGUGGAUCUCCUAGGCACGACCCUCGGAUCGGCCGAUGAGUUUGCGAAAAGCAUCCGGUUUAUCGAGCAGCAUAAAAUCAAGCCCUCGAUUGAUACAAUCCUGCACAGUCUAGAGGAGGCGCCGGCAGCCAUGGAGCUCUUGCGGAAAGGUCGUGUUUCAACUUGA